AUGAUGUCGUAUCUCAAGCAACCACCUUACGCCGUCAACGGGCUCAGCCUCACCACCUCCGGGAUGGACCUGCUGCACCCGUCCGUCGGGUACCCGGGUAAUUGGGAGUCGUGUCUGCCUGAAUUGCUCCCUCCAGCCACCCCACGCAAGCAGCGGAGGGAGCGCACCACCUUCACCCGGGCCCAGCUCGACGUCUUGGAGGCCCUCUUUGCCAAGACCCGCUACCCGGACAUCUUCAUGCGGGAGGAGGUGGCUCUCAAGAUCAACCUCCCGGAGUCCAGAGUCCAGGUGUGGUUCAAAAACCGUCGGGCCAAGUGCCGCCAACAGCAGCAGCAGCAGCAGAACGGCGGCCAGAACAAAGUGAGGCCCGCCAAGAAGAAAAGUUCCCCGGCUCGAGAAGUGAGCUCCGAGAGUGGGACCAGCGGGCAGUUCACGCCACCUUCCAGCACCUCGGUCCCGACCAUCUCCAGCAGCAGCGCUCCCGUGUCCAUCUGGAGCCCGGCCUCCAUCUCCCCGCUCUCGGACCCCCUCUCGACGUCAUCCUCGUGCAUGCAGAGGUCCUAUCCGAUGACCUACACUCAGGCCUCCGGCUACAGCCAAGGAUACGCUGGUUCCACCUCCUACUUUGGAGGGAUGGACUGUGGAUCUUAUCUCACCCCUAUGCACCACCAGCUCCCGGGACCAGGGGCUGCCCUCAGUCCUAUGGGCACCAACGCUGUGGCCAGCCAUCUCAACCAGUCUCCGGCUUCCCUCUCCACCCAGGGCUACGGGGCUUCCAGUCUGGGCUUUAACUCAGCUACCGAUUGUUUGGAUUAUAAGGACCAAACCGCCUCCUGGAAACUGAACUUCAACGCCGACUGCUUGGAUUAUAAAGACCAGACCUCCUCCUGGAAGUUCCAGGUUUUGUGA